UGCUUGCUAGUCGGAAGCCCCGUUUAUUUCCAUCGUGCCUGGGUGGCUCAGGACAUACAUGGACAGGCGUGGGUAUUAAAAUGGCGGCCAGCAAUAAUGCCACAGCCCAGAGUGAUGCUGGUGGUGACGGGAGAUGACUUUGGCUACUGUCCCAGGAGGAACCAGGGGAUUGUGGACUGUUUCGAGGCUGGAGGCAUUUCCAAUGUCUCACUGCUGGUUAACGCCUCUGCUGCCAAAGAUGCUGCAGAUCUGGCUAAAAGACACGGCAUCCCUAUCGGCCUACAUGCCAACCUGUCGGAGGGCGUGCCGGUGUGUCAGAGCCUCCAGCCGGACUCCACCCUCCUCAACCAUCAUGGCUUCUUCCAUGGGAAGAUGGGCUUCCGUCAGGCCCUGCAGAGAGGCCAGCUCAACAUGGCAGAGGUGGAGCUGGAGCUGAGAGCCCAGGUCAGGCUGUUUAGGGAGCUGACGGGUCACCUGCCCUGCCACAUGGAUGGCCACCAACACGUCCAUGUUCUGCCAGAGGUGCGUGAAAUCUUUGCACAGGUCCUGUCUGACCUCUCUAUCCCAUACACUCGUGUUCCAGUGGAGCCAGGUUUACACAACUGUCCGUGGCUGCCCGCACAUCUCCAUGACUUCUACACACAGGUAGAGAAGGACGCACUGGACUCCAUCCCUGUGUUCACUCGCUAUGGAAUCAGGUGGCCAGACGUCUACCUGGGACUGACCACCAUGGGCCAGAACAUGUCCAUCCCCAACUUGAAAAGAGCUCUAACCCACGCCAUGGCAGCAGGUCCUUCGUCUGCUACCUCCACUAGUGCGUCUACAUCAGAGGAGCCUGUUGUCACUGCAGAGCUGAUGGUCCACCCAGGUUACCCAAGUCAACCCCAUGAAGGUGGUUGUGGGGAGGGACCCGACAAUUUCUCCCAGUCGUCCGACAGGCAACAUGAGCUGACCAUCCUGAAAGACCCAUCGCUCCUGGCCCUCUACAGCCAGGAGAGAGUGCAGCUUUGUGCUUUUAAGGACCUUUGAAUACUGCCAUUUAAAAUGACCUACCAACACUUUGCAAAUGUGUCACAAACCUAGUAACAAUGUUUGGCGCCAUCAGGAGGUUGAUUUCAGAAUUAGCAGAAUUAUAUAUGGAUGUUAUUUGUGUAGUUCAAACUUCACAAAUAACAUUCAUAUAUACAACAAUCAUGGUUUAAAAAAAAAUUACCUAUAAAAAGCUAAUCAUGGUGUAGGGGCACCAUGAAAACAUGAGGAAAAGUGAAAAGUGCGAUAUAUAGUUUUAUCACAAAUUUGGGUUACUGUGACACAGUAUAGUAUCUUGUCUCUACUCCAAAACACUCUUGAGUUGUAAUUUGAGAAGAGUUGAAAGGCUUUUGACUGUAGUGUUGGGAGGACAGGUUUGUCAUCCAACAGGGCCAACCCCGCUUAUUUCAUGACUAAACAAAUGGUUAACCCUUACCUUGUCCAUUUCCUUAGAACACACCUCUUAGUAGGUGAAGCACAGAUUGAAGCACCCACAGGUGCAUGGUAGAUAGUGAUAUUCAGAAAAUAUGCUGCUAAAUUAGACAUAGCAUAGAUGGAAGUCCUUUGAGAAAGCAUACCUGAGCCCACCUGCCCUCCCUCCCUCCCACAGGCUGCAGGCAGUAGUAGUUGGAAUGGUCACCUCAGUUGACAUGAACAACAUGUUUUUGGUUUUGUAAGCUCGCUAACCCAGACCGCAGCCUAAUCUUGCAAAGCAACUGAGAUUAAUAUUAGAGGGCCAUACCAGUGAUUUUGAAUGUUUAUCAAUUUAUCUACACUUUACCUGCAUUUUAUAUUGCAACAGAUCUUGCAAAUCAUGUUGGAACUAAAGUUUUCACAACAUAUAAUCAAAUAAUCCUUUGAUUUCCUAAGUGAAUUUAGGUUGAAAUGGCCACCUUAUAAUGGUUUGCUUCUGCAGCUGACAAAAUUGUCAAUAUUCAUAAACCACAGAACUGAUAACUAGCUGGGUAAAGCUAAAGUUUCUGUGGGGACUAUUUUCCGGGGAAGAGACCGUUUCAUUCUGCCCAGUUUCAACACACCAGUUCCGCUGCUUUUAGGAAAACUAAUGUGUAUGACUUUAUUACGGUGAUGGAAAACUGGUGUGAACAAAGUUUGAAGUCUCUGAAAGUUCAUUUUCAUAUCUCAGUGGAAUGAAUGGAAACCAAUGGCUGGAUAAACGGUAGAAAAAUGAUAUAGUUUUAAAAUACGAUUGCUUGCUUUGGGAAAUUAGCAGAAACGUAGAAUUUACAUAUUUUGUAGACAUUACACUAAACAUGCUGAAUCACUGGUAUGGUCUUUUAACAUGUAACCACUAGCCACACUACUACUGACACCAGCUUCUACUUGCAAGCUAGUAAGAAAAUCAAAUGCAUUAACAACAAAAUAGUUCUAGUUAGCUUACAAAGCUAACCAUAUGGCCAGCUAACAUUACCUGAACACAAACGUGACCAUAUAUAUUGAUGAAGUCAUCAUCACUUAAUCCCACAUACCACAGAAAAUAACCAUGUGUAUUCAGUUGUACCGUUAAUUUUCUGCUGUUGUAGGCUUAAGAACCUCCAACGUGGCAGCCAGGUGGUUUGUUACAUCACCUGAAAGCCCUAUUGAAGUCUGCCAAAAUGCACUGGGCAAAGGUUGUUAUUUAUGUUCAAGCCUAGCCCAACUCGCUCCUGAUGGCUGCUUUACAGUUGUGAAACUCUUCUCCAAACCAAUAAUUUACAAUUUGCUAUGUCCACAUUGAUGUACAUGCUGGGCUGGCAAGUAAGAUGCACCUUCACAGUCUCAGGUGGUCUCCUUAAAACUGUCAUCAAGUAAAGGUUGCACUUUUUUUCUUUUAUCUUUUUUUUUUUUUUUAACAUUGUUUCAGUCCUUUCUUGUAUUAAUAACCAUCUCUGGGGCGCCCUAGUGCUCACUGGAUAAGAGCACAUACCACUUGUUAAGGCUGAGUCCUGAUCGCAGCAUCCUGGGUUCGAAUCUGACCUCAGGUCAUUUGCUGCAUGUCAUCCCCCCUCUCUCUACUGUGACCGUCAAAGCAGAAAUGCCAAAAAAUAAUCUUUAAAAAACGAAACAAAAACAAUAAUAUUAACCAUCUCAAACAUCUGGAUCAAAUUAAACACCACAAGCCAUUUCACCUCUCAGAUGUAUUGCUGACCUUCAGCACACACAAAGAUGUGAAGCAAGCAGGUUAUGAAGUAUCAAAAUUGGCAUCCUGGCAUCUUGCUUGAGCCAUAAGUUUAAGUCCUCCCUAUAUGACCUGUCCUCUUAUCUCAUCUCUAAGUUGUGUGUGUGACCUAAGUCUUUCUGGUCUGUUUGGCUCAGUUUGAAUAUACAGAAACUCAUUCCCACUUAUUGUACAUCUGGAAAUACUGGACAGAAUUGUCUGCAUUUGCUGGAAACUUAUUUGAUAUAUUUUGCAGUACAAGAAGGUCUAACUUGGGGGAGCUAAUCUAUUUUCACCACUCAGUUGAUUUUCCAGUUAUCUCAGGUCAGUGUAGCCAGACUAGCACAAUUCACACAUACCUCUGUAGAUACCUGCCAAAAUGGUGUGUCCCAAAGUGGAUGCACUAGUAAAUUUUAAAACACUUUAACAUUAUGUAUAUUUGUGCAUGUUUCCUGGUUCUUAAAAUGACAUUUUUGAAAUCUUAUAUUUUUCUUAAAGUCGGUGUUAAAACACUAUUUAUGCAAUAUCUUGGUAACAUUGUAAAGAUUAAGCGUACAGCUUAAGUGAAUGACUAACAAAUUUAGAAUUGUGAACUAAUAAAUUAAUAUAAGAAUGUUUGCAAGAA